UACUCUUUUGGUAGACUUGGUAACACAACACAAAACGGAGAUGUGCAACAGUUCGAUGAAGACGAUGGGUGGCCCUGUAGUGCAUAAGGUUUCAGAAUGCUUCGUCAAAGCGAACCACUCCACCCAAGAAUCAAACAAAAUAUGCCACUUAACACCUUGGGAUAUUGCCAUGUUGUCUGCACACUAUAUCCAAAAGGGUCUUCUCUACAAGAAGCCUGCAACCCUUGUUGAUGAACGUGAUUUCAUAGAAAAUCUGUUGGAAAAGCUCAAACACUCUCUUUCUCUCACCCUCUCCCAUUUCUAUCCAUUGUGUGGUCGCCUUGUCACCCACAAAACCAAAAACCCUCCCUUCUAUACUGUUUUCGUCGAUUGCACAAGUAAUUCCGGAGCUAGAUUCAUCCAUGCAACUUUAGAUAUGACAAUAUCUGAUAUCCUCUCUCCCGUUGAUGUCCCACCCAUUGUUCAAUCAUUGUUUGAUCACGAUAGAGCACUCAACCACGAUGGUCACACCAUGCCGCUGUUGUCCAUCCAAGUAACCGAGCUAGUGGAUGGUGUUUUCAUAGGUUGUUCCAUGAACCACUCUCUUGGUGAUGGCACUGCUUAUUGGAAUUUCUUCAACUCGUGGUCAGAGAUCUUUCGAGCUCAAGCUCAAGGCCAUGAACAUGAUGUUCCCAUAUCGCACCCUCCCAUUCACAACCGCUGGUUUCCGAAUGGUUGCGUUCCACCUAUCAAUCUUCCUUUCAAACACCACAACGAGUUUAUCAGCAGGUAUGAAGCACCCAUGAUGAGAGAGAGAAUAUUCCACUUUUCAGCAGAGUCUAUUGCAAAACUGAAAGCAAAAGCCAACUCGGAAUGCAACACCACAAAAAUAUCUUCGUUCCAAUCACUGUCAGCACUUGUUUGGAGAUGCAUAACUCGGGCGCGGUGCUUGGCGCGUGAUCAGAAAACAAGUUGCAAGUUAUCGACAAACAACCGUACAAGAAUGGAUCCGCCACUGGCUGAGGAGUACUUUGGAAACUCGAUUCAUACACUGAAUGCAGGAACAGCGACCUCAGGGGAAUUGCUUGAGAAUGGUCUGGGAUGGGCAGCAUGGAAGUUGCACAUGGCUGUUAUAAAUCAUAACGACAGAGUGGUGUUGGGAUGGGUGAGAGAGUGGUUAAAGUGUCCUCUAAUAUAUCAACUUGGUCGUUAUUUUGAUCCCUACUGUGUGAUGAUGGGAAGCUCACCCAGAUUCAACAUGUAUGGGAAUGAAUUUGGAAUGGGGAAAGCAGUAGCAGUUAGAAGUGGGUAUGCCAACAAAUUUGAUGGAAAAGUUACGUCAUAUCCAGGCCAUGAAGGAGGAGGAAGCGUGGAUUUAGAAGUAUGUCUUUCUCCACGUGUUAUGACUGCGCUGGAGUCCGACCAGGAGUUCAUGGAUUCAGUUUCAACUUCCAAUCCUCUCUAGAUCAUUUAUCCACAGUUAAUGUUGUACCUCUAAUUGCUGCUGUCUGGUUUAUGCGUAUCUUGUCAAAAGUUAUUUGGUUGGUUAUGAAUUUAUUAUUCAACUAUUAACAAAAACAAUAAUUAUAGGUGUAUCUGAUAACGUAUGUGAAAU